AGUUUUGUCAUGUGGGAGUAUGUUAUGCUCUGAAGGCCAUAUAACUUGGCAAGCAAUGUCUCACUGAACUGAACAUGUUAGAUCUUUGAUUCAGCAAGACACAAGUUAACCUUUGUAACAAGAAGUCUAAAAGGAUGGCUGCUGCCCAGGCUGAAUUGUGUGUUUGGAAUGAACCGUGGCAGCAAGUUUUUCAGGUCUAUGGAGGACGGGUGUGUAACACACUCAUGGAAGGUUCCUGGGCAGACAGAACUCCUCUCCAUGAUGCAGCUUUACAGGGCCGCCUUCUUCCACUUAAGAGUCUCCUAUCCCAGGGCAUGCAGGUCGGUGUGGUCACACUGGAUGGCAUCACUCCAUUACAUGAGGCCUGUCUAGGGGGUCAUGUUUCCUGCGCUAAACUUCUGCUGGAACAUGGGGCUGAUGCUAACGCUGUGUCUCUUGAAGGAGCCACACCGCUCUUAAACGCAUGCUUCAGUGGUAACACUGCUCUUCUACGACUCCUUCUGAAGCAUAGCUCCGUCCAUCACCCAGCUCACCUGCGUAACUCACCGAUCCACUUUGCUGCAAAGCAAGGUCACACAGAUUGUGUGGAGUUGCUGCUGUCUUGUGGAAUGGACGUUGAUAUGGAGUUGGAGGAAGUAGGCACGCCGCUUUACUGUGCGUGUGAAACCAGGAGCACAGAGUGUGUAGAGAAACUUCUGAUCUUGGGUGCUAAUGUGCAGUGUGGCCGUGGCCUUGACACUCCACUGCACGCUGCAGUUCGAGUGAGUGGAAACAUGGAGGUGGCCUUGUUGCUGGAACAUGGGGCUGAAAGGAAGUGUAGCAAUUCAGAAGGCAAGACACCACUGGAUCUGGCUACAGACAACAGCAUCCAGCAUCUACUGCAAACAGCAGGUCCAUGGUCUCUGUCACACAUGAGCCGGUUGUGCAUUCGUCGUUCUUUGGGCCAAAAAAGACUGAACAGAGCCAGAGUUCUUCAGUUACCACGCAGUCUACACACUUAUAUUCUGUAUCAGUAACACACAUACACACAUCGGAUGUUUACUGGACAAACAACACAGAUUACACAAUUAUAUACAGACACUGACAAAUCUGUAGGAACCAGUUUUCUGAAUAUGAGUAUAUGAAUAUAAUUUGUUGUAAAUAAAUUCUUUAUUUUUAAUUAA